AUGUUCAAAUACGCUGUUGUUGUCUUCGCCCUCAUCGCCUGCGCCGCCGCCAAGCCCGGUCUGCUUGCUGCCGCUCCUUUGGCCUACGCCGCUCCCGCCGCUGUGGUUGCUGCCCCAGCUCCAGUGGUGACUGCCACCAGCAGCCAGGUGAUCGCUCGUAACUACAAUGGAAUCGCCGCUGCUCCGGUUGUUGCUGCCGCACCCGUAGCCGCUCCUGUUGUUGCUCGCUAUGCCGCAGCUCCAGUAGCCGCCCCUGUUGUAGCCGAUCCAGCUCCCGUUGUUGCAGCUCCAGCUCCAGUCGUCACCGCCACCAGCAGCCAGGUGAUCGCUCGCAACUACAAUGGAAUCGCUGCUGCUCCGGUUGUUGCCGCCGCUCCAGUUGUUGCUCGUUAUGCAGCUGCCGCUCCUUUGGUUGCGUCUCAUUAUGCCGCAGCUCCACUUGCCUCUUCCCUCCUUUGGUAA